CACUUGGUUAGGAACGCAGCAUUAUUAUAUUCGCAGAACGCCUCACUCGCUUUAGGGUUGGGUUGCCGACGUUUGUUAAUUCAACCGAUACCUUUCCUAGUGGGCAAGUACACUUCUAGAUACACAUUGUCUAAAAAUGUAAGUCUUUAAUAGAUAGAGAUAAAGAUGGAUUGAAAAUUGGAUUUAACAAUGGACGUACAGUUGGCUAUUUCUGCCGUUAUAUUAUUCAUGGUUGCACAUUUGCACAUUGUUGGGCCAAAUAACCAUGUCGAUCAGGGGGCCACCGGACUAAUCCUGAGAAAUCAUUUCAAGGGAUAGAUCGUUGUCAUUGAGAAGGGCCUUGUUACAGUUCCAUUGCAACAGGUCUCCAAUAAAGACAACAUCAAUAAUUGUGGAACGGGAGAAUGUAAAAUUAGAGAGGCGGUCGUGCGUAUAAUAGACGGGCGACAGGAAAAAGGAAUAAACUAGAUCUGAUGUCACUGCUCUGGUGGAUUAUCGAAUACGUGAGGGAUUUAAUAUCCUCGAAUCGAAGAUAGCAGUAGCCAACGUUGCAUGUGAUACGUUGCCAAUAUGAUGCCGAUGUACCUCACCGUGUACCUCAGCAACAAUGACCAGCAUUUCACAGAGGUGCCCGUUACCCCGGAAACCCUGUGUCGUGAUGUGGUGGAGCUGUGCAAGGAGCCGGGGGAGGGAGAAUGCUUCCUAGCUGAAAUGUGGCGAGGCUCAGAGCGCGCCAUUGGUGACGGAGAGCGAAUGCUGGACGUGCUCCAGCGUUGGGGACACCAGAGGGGGGAGGUGCGCUUCCUCCUGCGCCAUGACCGGGCACCCUGCAGAGAGUCAGGUGGAUCAAGGGUUUCCGAUCCCUCCGCUAAAAGGAACAUGGUCAAGGUGCCUGUGGACCGAUGCAUGGAGAAUGGGGUGGCACCACCUUGCAUGGACAUCACCCUCUCGGAGCUGCAGGAGUUGGCGUCACGGCAACAGCAGCAGAUCAAUUCGCAGCAGCAGCUCCUGGCCUCAAAGGAGCAACGUCUGCUCUACCUGAAGCUGCAGGAGCAGCAGCAGCAGGCGUCAGAGCAUGAGAGACUACUGCAGCUUCGUGAGAACGCUGAGAACCAGGAGACCAAGCUGCGGCGGGUGCGGGCCCUCAAGGGUCAAGUGGAGCAGAAACGCCUUAGCAACAGCAAACUGGUGGAGGAGAUAGAGCAGAUGAACGGGCUGUUUCAGAGUAAGCAGUGCGAGCUCCUGGUGGCCGUCUCGAGAGUGGAGGAGCUGAGCAGGCAGCUGGAGACCCUGAAAAGCGUCAAGAUGGAGCCCUCUCAUGACGGCCCGAGCUCCGCCGGCGAGCUGGAGCGUCUUUACAAGGAGCUGCAGCUGAGGAAUAAGCUGAACCAGGACCAGAGUGCCAAGCUGCAACAGCAGCGUGAGAGCCUGAGCAAGCGCAACCUGGAGGUGGCCACCAUGGACAAGCGAGUGGCCGAACUCCGCGAACGCCUGUGGAAGAAGAAGGCAGCGCUACAGCAGAAGGCGAACUUGCCCGUCCCCACAAAGAGCCAGGCCCUGCAGCCAUGUGGCCCUUCCAGGGUGGCGGCCGUGGGCCCUUACAUCCUGUCCUCCACUGCGGCCCCAGGGCCUCCGGUGCCCAGCCGACAGGAGCUGCUGAUCAAGCCUGCCUACCCCGACGGCACCACCACCUUACCCAUGCCAGACUCCUCCAUGAAGGCCCCUCCUAGACUGCUUAAACCCUACUCAGCUCUGACAGGUUUUCAGUCAUCCAAGAUGUCUCAGCUGUCCGACUGGUCCAGCUCCAGAGCAGAGUCCAGCGGCAGUCAUCAUGGCAUAUCCUCUACUCUGCCUCGCAUGUCCAGCCUCUCCUCAAAGGGCUCAGGAGACGCCGAGACCCUCAAGGGCCAAAAGGGGCGUCACAUUUCUAUGUUUGACGCCCCGGCUCCCGUCCACUCACAGAACAAUCAGAGCAGCGAGGACCUCUUGAGGGAUACCCAGGCAGGUGGCAAGGCUCUCGGCAAGGUGCCACCUCCUAUCCCUACCAAGCCCCCGACCUUCGGCAAACCGCCCUACAGCACGGGCACCUUCCCGGGCAAGGCAAAACCGUCCGCCUCCCUCCAUCUGUGUGCACCUCCGCCCAUCCACAGCCACACCCUGCCUCUGCCACCCAAACAGGAGGCUCCUCCGGCGGCUACGGUGCGCCCCUUCACCCCGGAUCCUCCAGAGUCCACAGCGGCAGUGCCUGUCCUCCAGAAGCCACAGACAGUGGCUGCCUCCUCCAUCUACUCCAUGUACACCCAACAGCCCAGGACAGGCGGGGGCACUCUGACACGCACGCAGCCCAGAGUGUAUGGAAAACCAGUCAUCUCAGGCAGUGGGGGGCAGCAGUCGCUCCUCCAGGACUCCACCUAUUUGGGGGCCGGCGAUUUCGAGGUGGACCAGGGGGGUCCCGGCCUGGCGUCUCUGGCACCUGAGAACCAGUGUGGCCAGGAGACGGAGACGGAGCGGGCCCCUCGUCCCCUCAGCCCCACCAAGCUCCUCCCCUUCAUCUCGCACCCUCACCGGCACCCCAGCGACGCUGACCUGGAAGCCCUGCGCCGUCGGCUGCACCAUGCCCCGCGACCCCUCAAGAAGCGCAGCUCCAUCACAGAGCCUGAGGGCCCAGCGGGGCCCAACAUCCAGAAGCUUCUCUACCAGAAGACCACACUGGCCGCCAUGGAGACUGUUGUGGCGUCUCCAUACGAGGGUGAAGGUGGAGGAACAUGGAAGGAGGGGGCCAGUGCCGGUGGAGCCCCAGACUGCACUGGUACGUCCCAAGUUUUCACCGCUGCAGCGUCCCUCGCUGAGACCGAGGAAGAUGCACAGGUGCCCCCCCACUCGCCCAUCCCAGAGCCCUCUUCCUUCUCCAGCCACACCAUGCCCCCGUCGCUGGAGGAAGAGGAGCCAGAUCCCUGCCACCCGCCCCCCCAUCAGCCAGAAGCCUACUUGGAGGAGUACCCGCCCUACCCGCCCCCUCCAUACCCCAGCGAAGGGGAGCAGGACCUGGGGGAGGACACCCUCAACAUGAAGGCUCCGGAGGUCACAGGACAGGUCACUCUGCCUCCGGGCAAGAGGACCAACCUGCGGAAGGUCGGCUCGGAGCGCAUAGAUCACGGCAUGCGGGUCAAGUUUAACCCCCUGGCCCUGCUGCUGGACUCAUCUCUGGAGGGCGAGUAUGAUCUGGUGCAGAGGGUCAUCUAUGACGUGGAUGACCCCAGCCUGCCCAAUGACGAGGGCAUCACAGCCCUGCACAACGCCGUCUGCGCCGGCCACACUGAGAUCGUCAAGUUCCUGGUGCAGUUUGGCGUGAACGCCAACGCUGCCGACAGCGAUGGCUGGACUCCACUGCACUGUGCGGCCUCCUGUAACAAUGUGCAGGUGUGUAAAUUCCUGGUGGAGUCCGGGGCUGCUGUGUUCGCCACCACCUACAGUGACAUGCAGACAGCGGCAGACAAGUGCGAGGAGAUGGAGGAGGGCUACGCACAGUGCUCCCAGUUCCUCUACGGUGUACAGGAGAAGAUGGGCAUCAUGAACCGUGGUGUGGUGUACGCCCUAUGGGACUACGAGGCUGAGGACGAUGACGAGUUGGCCUUCCAGGAAGGCGACUGCAUGACGGUGCUGCGGCGCGAGGACAAGGACGAGAUAGAGUGGUGGUGGGCCCGCUGUGGAGACCGAGAGGGCUACAUUCCAAGAAACCUGCUAGGGCUGUAUCUGAGGAUCAAGCCACGGCAGAGGAGCUUGGCUUAAAUUAUAUCGGCUGACGUUCCACCCUACUCGCUGAAAACUACUCCGACUCGAAGAAGUUACUUUUUGAAAGGCGAAUGAAGAACCUACUUCUGUUUUUUUGGAUGUCAAAGUCAAGCAUUCCACUUCAAGCUUUUGGACCUGUCUGUGAAAGACCAUAUCAUGCUAAAGGGUUUUCAACCUAUGUAUGGAUAAUAUUCACAUGGUCAUGCUGUUUCCUUUUCACUGCAGGAAUGUAAUUAUGGGACAACAUUUGUAAUGGAGACUUCUGAACAGUGUUUUUUUUUUGUAGACGUGUGAUUUUCUGAGCAGAUUCAAUUUGUAAGGGUUUGUAACUGUGGCAGUUGGAAAUGUAAAGCUUUUUCUACAUCAUGGCAAGCUUAUAUCCACACAAGAUACACAGUAUAUAAAAACUUUGGUUGUGUAUUUGACUAUUUUCCUUUAUCUUCCGUUAUCACAAACAAUCUUGCUGUGGGUAUACAGUGCCUUCAGAAAGUAUUCAUACCACUUGACUUAUUCCACAUUUUGUGUUACAGCCUGAAUUCAAAAUGGAUUAAAUUUGUUUUUUUUUCUCACCAAUGUACACACAAUAGCCCAUAAUGACAAACUGAAAACAUGGUUUAGAAAUGUUUGCAAAUGGAUUGAAAAUGAAAUCCAGAAAUAUCUAAUUAACAAGUAUUCACACCCCUGAGUCAUUCAUUACAUGUUAGAAUCACCUUUGGCAGCGAUUACAGCUGAGUCUUUCUGGAUUAAUCUCUCUCUAAGAGCUUUACACACCUGGGUUGUACAAUA